CGAUAACAUACAAUUUGCUAUAUAAAUACUACCUCGUAUUAAAAUUCAAUUAGAGUAAAAUUUGUAUUUCGAUAUAGUUUUUACUUUGACAUUUAAGAACAUAAAUGUGGCAACGAUUAAAGAGAGAGUAUACAUAAAAGCAUUAGUUUUUAAAUAUUGUGUUUAGUUUGUUGUAAUAUUUUAUAUUACAUUUGUUGUUGGUGUGUUUGGUUGAUUAGACGUGGCUUACAAUGUGUGGAAUUUUCGCUUAUUUGAACUACUGCACCCCCAAGAAACGUUCUGAAAUUUUAGAGUUUUUAGUUAAUGGACUUAAACGUCUCGAAUACCGUGGAUAUGAUUCAGCCGGAGUUGCUGUUGACUCGGCUGAUGCUAAGAACAUUUCAGUCAUCAAAAAAACUGGAAAAGUUGCUAUAUUGGAAGAAGCUAUCAAAAACAGAGGUGCAGAUUUGGCCAUGGACGACAUCUCGGAAACUCACUGCGGAAUAGCCCAUACGCGUUGGGCUACCCACGGUGUGCCUAGCGAACUCAACUCGCAUCCACAUCGUUCUGACGAGUCCAACAACUUCGUAGUAGUGCACAACGGCAUAAUUACCAACUACAAGGAAGUUAAAGUGUUUCUGGAGAAAAAGGGACACUGCUUCGAAAGUGAAACUGACACGGAAAUCAUUGCCAAGCUCGUCUAUCACUUCUACCAAAAACACCCCAACUGCUCCUUCAGGGAGCUGGUGGAGUGCGUCGUACAGCAGUUGGAAGGUGCAUUUGCCUUAUGCUUUAAAUCGAAAUUCUUCCCAGGGGAAUGCGUUGCCACAAGACGUGGUUCUCCACUUUUGGUUGGCAUUAAAAGCAAAAACAUUCCAGUCACUGACCACAUCCCAAUUUUAUACGGAAAAGAAGAACAACCUAAGACAGUUCUUUCAGAGGCAGAUCCAAAUCAUUCAGAACACAGACCACAUGGACGUUCCGAGAUCCCCACACUACCCAGAACUGGAUCCACCGCAGAAUUCGCGCCUGAAGACAAACAAUGCGAAUACUUUUUCGCUUCCGAUGCUUCGGCAAUCAUCGAACACACCAACAGAGUCAUUUACUUUGAAGAUGAUGACGUAGCUGCCAUUAAGAAUGGUUCUUUGAGCAUUCACAGAAUCAGACGUGGUGGUGAUGAUCCUCAUACCCGCGAAGUGACCACUGUAAAAAUGGAAUUGCAACAGAUCAUGAAAGGAAACUAUGAUUACUUUAUGCAAAAGGAAAUUUUUGAACAACCUGAGUCGGUCAUUAACACAAUGAGAGGACGUGUCAACUUUGAAUCAGGAAAAGUAACUUUGGGAGGCAUCACCGAAUUCGUCCCAGAAAUUAAAAGAUGUCGUAGAUUAAUGCUGAUCGGUUGCGGAACCAGUUACCACAGUGCCAUUGCUACCAGACAGCUGCUUGAGGAACUCACAGAAUUGCCAGUGAUGGUUGAACUUGCCAGUGACUUCUUGGAUCGUACAACACCAGUCUUCAGGGACGACGUAUGCUUCUUUAUCUCCCAAUCAGGCGAAACCGCUGACACUCUGAUGGCAUUGCGUUACUGCAAACAGAGAGGAGCUCUUAUUGUUGGCAUCACCAACACUGUUGGUAGCUCAAUUUGUAGGGAAUCACACUGUGGUGUUCACAUCAACGCUGGUCCCGAAAUUGGUGUCGCUUCCACUAAAGCAUACACAAGUCAGUUCAUCUCCUUGGUAAUGUUCGCGUUGGUGAUGAGUGAAGACAGAAUUUCUCAGCGUCAAAGAAGGAAGGAAAUCAUCGAUGGACUGGGAAAAUUGCAGGAUCAAAUCAGAAAAGUAUUGAAGUUAGAUCAAGAAGUUAAAGCUUUAGCCGAAAGCUUGUACCAGAAGAGAUCGCUUUUGAUGAUGGGACGUGGUUUUAACUUUGCCACUUGCUUGGAGGGAGCACUAAAAGUAAAAGAAUUGACCUACAUGCACAGUGAAGGCAUUAUGGCUGGAGAACUGAAACAUGGACCUCUUGCACUUAUCGACGAAACCAUGCCGGUGCUCUUUAUUGUCAUGAAAGAUCCUGUAUAUAUCAAAUGUAUGAAUGCAUUACAACAAGUUAUUUCUCGUAACGGAAAACCGAUUAUCAUCUGCGAAGAAAACGAUAAAGAAACCCUAAGCCUAGGUUACAAAUGUUUGGAAGUGCCAAAAACAGUGGAUUGCCUUCAAGGUAUUUUGACAGUUAUUCCCAUGCAACUUUUGUCAUUCCAUAUCGCAGUAAAGAAAGGAUGUAACGUAGAUUGUCCACGAAACUUAGCCAAGAGUGUGACAGUUGAGUAAAAGACUGCUUCAUCCACUAUACUGUCAUUGUGAAGAUAAUAUUUUUUGAUAAAUAUUACUACUGUAAAACAUCUGUGUUAAAAGCAAUUAAUAUAUUUAUUGGUUAAAGGUAUGUUCGUUCUCAAAGAAAACCAAGUAGGUACUUUUUUAUUUAUUUUUAUACAUAUUGUUUGUUACUUAUAUUCUAACAAAUUUAAAUUUAUUACAUAUACUAUAUCUACAGUUAAUUGUAUGUGACUGUAAAAC